AGAAACGGUCACAACUUACUAGCAUCGCAAUGAGAAUUGCUCUUUCCCUAGAAAAGAAGGACAUCAUUCUUGGCAGGAUGAUUCUGCUCUCCAAGUGGGGAAGCAUGGCCGAGACCCCUACCCGGUUCAUCGCACCUUCCCUACAAGCAGCCACAUGACGAGCAAAACGCCGACCUCCGCCAACUUCACGAUUCCUACAUAAUAGCCGUCGAAACAGCCACUUUUGUCUUAAAGACCAGGAGACAACGCCGCUGCAUAACCGUUCGCCUAAAGUGCUUAUUUCAAUUAACGAUUGGACACGAGUCGAGAGCAAGCCACCCCACGUCAUCGUCAAUACUUCCACUCGCCCUCUCGUUCGCUCGCGCAUCCGCGGCUCACGGUUCGACAGCCACUAAAAUAGAUCAGUGGACAAUCACAAGAUCAAUAAACAAAUAUUUGCAAGCGCGUCGUUCAAAAUGUCCACCUCUUCCACAGCAGGCGCGGGAGCCCCAACCAACCCCCACCCCAUCCCUCUGACGGAGUCCGAAGUUUUGAUCCGCGGUUUCCUCGCAGCCAACCCGGAUCUUUGCGACGACAAAUCAAACCCUAUCGAGAUAAUGACUGAUCGUUUUACGAACCAGGAAUGGAAAGCGCAAAUUGAUCAAACGAUUAAGAAUGUCAUCAAAGAGGUGGAAAGUGGAGAGAGGGCGAGGAAGAUUUACGAGGGCCCGCGGAUGAGGAAUGGAGAUGAAGCGCUGAAGCAGUUGGCCAAGACGGUGGACCACACGGUACUCAAGUUGGACGCGACGACAAAGAUGAUUGAUGGGCUGUGCGGCGAGGCAAGAACAGAGAACUUCAAAUCAGUCUGUGUUCGCCUAAACUAUGUCCAACGCUGUGUCUCCAACCUCAAAGGUACGGACGUGCUUGUAGCCUGCGUCGUAGGCUUCCAUGAAGGAACCCAAGACACGUACUACAAGCUGCAAGAGGCACGUGCUGCAGUGGCAGCAGGCGCGAGGGAACUCGAUGUCGUCCUCAACUACUCCCUCCUCACCAAGCACAACCGCCGUGCUUCCCCGCCAGUGGAGCACAUCCUCAGUGCUCGGGACUCAGCGAUUGACAGCAUCACCGCUGCCAACACGGCCAAGAAUGCUGGAAGCAGCUCAGCCAGCGACUUUAGCGAGGAGGACUCAGACGAAAUUCCCGACUACAGCGCAAUCUACAGAGAACUGGCUAGCAUAAGAAGCCUCUGCCCUGCCCCAACAACACUCAAACUCAUCCUCGAAACCUCGCAACUGAACUCCGCACAAAUCCUCGCUGCAUCUCAUCUUGCAGCCGCCGCUAGCUUUGACUUUAUCAAGACAUCCACUGGCUUCAACGGACCGGGCGCUAAUUUGCCCAACGUGCAGCUUAUGGUAGCUGCGGCAGAGUACCUCGCAUCGGCCAAAAUAGGCAAGAAGAAGAUGGAGGUCAAGGCGAGCGGUGGAGUCAGGGAUUUGGACACCGCGGUCAAGAUGCUGGAGUCUGGCGCAACAAGGCUAGGAACUAGUUCUGGGUUGUGGAUCAUGCAGGAGGCGAGGGCCAAGGUGGGUGAGGAAAGGGUCGCGGCUGGGCUGUCGUUAGAGGGAAAGAGACCUAGCCCGCAGACGCGGUUGUAUACCGAUGACUCUGAGUACUAAGAAUAUCACGUAGAAAGAGUAUAUCGAAAUAUGUCGAUCGAAGGCUUUUAUUGAACUAGACUUCUAAUAGGCAGUUGUCUAGUAUCUUCCUUGUGUAAUGUAUGCGCGUGACAGGCUAGAGGUCAGCGAUUCCGGUACGACGUAGUGCACCGAUCAAGCCUUACGUAGAUACCCUAGGUAGUGUGGGCUCUGCCGAUAACUCAGCCACAGGCAAACUUCCGCACAUUGUCGAUGAGACCGCUACAAACAAUAUGUGGCCAGGCAUCAUGUACACUAUCACAGCAUUGUAAGUGAAAUAAGACAGACGAUGGCAGUUGAAGAUUUUUGGGUGUGU